GGCCCAACCCGAGUCACGAAACCGACACUCACGAGAAACUCCAAGUUAUAGUGAAGAGAUUCUGUCGUUCAGUUCUCAUCGUGAAUUAAAAAAAAAUUAAAACGUUAUAUAUAAAAUUUUCGUACGAGUGCGUCAAUACUUACACCGAUCGUUAAAGAAAUUGUGAUUUGGAAGAUUUUUGAAGAUGUCUCAAACGGUUAAACGCGAUAUUCCCAUUAAAUUGGGCGAUUUUAGCGUCAUCGACACCGAAUUUAGCAACAUCCGUGAACGUUUCGAUGCGGAAAUGCGUAAAAUGGAGGAGGAAAUGAGCCGUUUCCGCUCAGAACUCAUCAAUAGGGAAUCUCAAAAUUUUUUUAGAUCAACUACAAGGUCUUACGAAUGCGAAACAAUUUCGGGAAAGGAUGGUAACACUAAAUCUUCAUCGAGUAGCAGCACAACAACUUCAUCUUCAACAAAUCAAACAUCCGGAGGAGAUGUUUGCGCCCGUCCAGGUGGUGGUGGUGGUGAAGUAAAAACGUGGUUAGACGAUUUAAACUCGCCAUUAGUCCAAGGGGAUGGCGAUAAAAAAAGUUUGAUGUUGAGAUUCGACGUCAGCCAAUAUACUCCGGAAGAAAUCGUUGUUAAAACCGUUGAUAAUAAAUUAUUGGUACACGCUAAACAUGAAGAAAAAUCUGAAUCAAAAUCGGUUUAUAGGGAGUACAACAGAGAAUUUUUGUUACCAAAAGGUACCAAUCCGGAACAAAUAAAAAGUUCUUUAAGCAAGGAUGGCGUUUUAACCGUUGAAGCUCCACUUCCGGCCAUUACUUCCGGAGAGACCAUGAUUCCAAUUCAGCACUGAUUAAAAUAAACCCGUCAAAAAUUGAUUAAAUGGGGUUUUAAUCGCACUUUUUGUAAUACUCUUGAAUUCUUUGACAAAGCGAAUUUAUAAUAUUUUUUAGUUUUUUUUUUUAAUUAAUUUUCUUUUGGUAGCUACGCGUUUUUUAGGACGUUUCUAAUUUAUUUGUGGAAUCGAAAUUUUAAUUUAAAUUAACUAUACACGAAGUUGUAGUGUUGGGAAUUAAAAUGACAAAAUUGUAUAUGUAUAUUUAUAUAAUAAACAAAUAUAUUCAAAAA